AUGACUUCGCAUACUGAAAAGAACACAGCCGAAGAAGACUCCGAUAUUAUUGAAUUCUUGAACCGCAAAUUAGCGAAUCUUUCAGUAGUGUCCGACGCAACGGAGGUAUUGGGAAAGAAUGACGACGGGUUGCCAGUUUGUGAAGUUUCGAUGCUUUUGCCCCAAUAUGCGCAUGCUGUUUAUAAUGCUCUUCAUUCACCAGUGCGACAAUUAAGGCUCGCUGCUGUUGCUGGUUCUACUAAACAUACAGAAGCGCUUGUUGCUGGUGAUGUGACACGACAUCUCAUUAAGGUGUUGUCUACUUCAACUAAUAUUGAAGUUCAGACACAGGUCAAUGCAGUGCUUACAGAACCAAAUCUAAUGGAAAAUGUGGUCGCUUUGCUUUGGGACAGUGACAUGAAAGUUGUUAAAGAAGCAUGUUGGGUACUUAGUAACUCUACAAGCUUACACGAUCCUGACAUACUCGUUCCUCAUAAAUUCAGCAUAAUUCUGCAACAUGACAUUAUUUCACCACUUCUCCAUCAUCUACGUAAUCCUUCAACACCUCAUGAAAUAUUGAACAAAAUUCUUGAUACUUUAGUUAACAUUCUUUCAGUUGGGGAUCUAUCGGGAUGUGAAGCAUCACCCGAGUCGCAUAAUGAGUAUGCAAGAAAAUUAGCAGUGGCUGGGGUAGUUGAGGCGUUAAUUGAGACAUGGAAUAAUACGGGAUUAGUUGAAAAUAUAAAAGAAAAGGUGCGAGGAUUACUAGAACGGUGGUUUUAUGACUAUUUACCAAGAAAUGAACAUAACGGGGAAGUUGGUGAUGAUGGAAUAGAUAUUUCAUCUAUCGAGGAAAGAGUUUCAAGAAUGACAAUUAUGGAGGGAGUUGAUGUCUUUUAG